AUGGCCCUUGGAUUUUACGGUACUGGUCAAGUCUUUAUCCAGAGAUCUGUUUGCAUGGGUGAAAAGACAAAAGCUCAAUCAACACUUCUUUGGAGUAUGCUUCCAGUCGGUUUUUGCUUAUUUCUUGGUGCCUGGAUUGGUAUUGUUUUAUAUGCUGUUUUCUAUUUGUGCGAUCCUGUACUGGACCCCCAAAUAGGCUUAAAAAAGCAUGACCAAUUAGUCCCUUAUUUCAUUAUUACACGAUUUCAUUCAGUACCUGGAUUAACGGGGAUUUGUAUAGCUGGUAUAUUCGGUGGAGCUCUAAGCACAAUAUCUUCAGCUCAAAAUGCGUUGGCAAUGAUUACAGUUCUCGAUUUUAUUCAACCCCUUUUUUCAGAAAAACUGACUGAGAAAAUCUCGCUUUUAAUAGGCAAGGCUCUAGGUGGGGUUGCUCUUCGCCAGCCCCAUCAAGUAUCCCGCAUGGCCUCUGACAAGGUUGGGGUCAUUGUAGCUAGUAUUGUCAUUGGUAGUCUUAUAACCGGCUGGAUAGGUUUCAACAUGCUCUUCAGUGGUUAUAGAAGUACUCCACUUCCUCUAGAAGUAUCUGGUUGUUUGCACUCAAAUUCUUCUAUACUAAUGGUCGGUAGCCUGAAUUCAUCGUGCGCAGAAGUUGAAAACUGCCUGCUAGAGAAUGUUGAGAAGCCAUAUGAAAGAGGUCGUCAAAAAACGAUGGAUGAAUAUUUUUUUGCGGGAAGAUCUGCAACUAAAAUACCUGUUAUAAUGUCCAUAACUGCUACAACAGUAUCGUCCAUUUUGAUAUUAGGUACCUCAUCUGAAGCCUACAAAUUUGGACCUUCAAUGGGCACAAUAUUUGUCCCAUGGAUAUUAGGAAUGAUUACUGCGUGUUACGUUUUUGUUCCUGUGUAUUUCCAAUGUAAAAUUUCAAGCGUUUAUGAGAUAAUGUAUUCUUCCUGUAUACUUUAUGGUCCGGCUUUAGUUUUAAAUUCUGUCAGCAAUAUCUCUGUGGAAUUAGCCAUUAUUUUAUGUGGAGGCGUUUGCACUUUCUAUUGCUUUUUGGGAGGUUUAAAAGCUGUACUGUGGACUGAUGUUUUUCAACAAAUACUGGCAUUUUUCUGUAUAUUUGCUGUAAUCUUCACUGGAAUUCACGAAAUAGGGUUAGGAGAAUUCUAUACGCGUACUCUUGCUGGUGGAAGAUUAAAUUUCUUCAGUUUCAGCUUCGAUUUAACUCAAAGAUACACAACGUGGAAUGUCUUCAUCAGUGGUUUCAGCAUAGCCCUUGGAUUUUACGGUACUGGUCAAGUCUUUAUCCAGAGAUCUCUUUGCAUGGGUGAAAAGAAAAAAGCUCAAUCAACACUUCUUUGGAGUAUGCUUCCAGUCGGUUUUUGCUUAUUUAUUGGUGCCUGGAUUGGUGUUGCUUUAUACGCUGUUUUCUAUUUGUGCGAUCCUGUACUGGACCCCCAAAUAGGCUUAAAAAAGCAUGACCAAUUAGUCCCUUAUUUCAUUAUUACACGAUUUCAUUCAGUCCCAGGAUUAACGGGUAUUUGUAUAGCUGGUAUAUUCAGUGGAGCUCUAAGCACAAUAUCUUCAGCUCAAAAUGCGUUGGCAAUGAUUACAUUUUACGAUUUUAUUCAACCAUUUUUUUCAGAAAAACUGACUGAGAAAAGCUCACUUUUAAUAGGCAAGGCUCUAGCAAUUGUAUAUGGCGUCAUCUUCAUCAGCUUCAGUUUAUCUAUAUCCAAAAUGGACAGCAUGUUAGCAGCUGGGAUGCUUUCUAAUGCUAUUUUUGAAGGACCCAUUUUAGCCAUCUUCCUCAUUGGAGUUUUAACAAGGAAAGCUUCUGAUAAGGUCAUUGUAGCUAGUAUUGUCAUUGGUAGUCUUAUAACCGGGUGGAUAGGUUUCAACAUACUCUUCAGUGGUUACAGAAGUACUCCACUUCCUCUAGAAGUAUCUGGUUGUUUGCACUCAAAUUCUUCUAUACUAAUGGUCGGUAGCCUGAAUUCAUCGUGCGCAGAAGUUGGAAGCUGCCUGCUAGAGAAAGUUGAGAAGCCUUAUGAAAGCUUUAUCGGAAUCUUGACCACAACGUGCAUCGCUCUUUCAUUGAUUCUAAUUACAGGUUGGAAUAAAACAGUGAUACCUCAUGAUUCGAAAUGUCUUAGUCCUGUUACUCGUUUUUGGAUGAAUAAAAAGGAAUGUGUAAAUAAAGAAUCGGAAAAAGAUACCAUCAAUGAAUCGGAAGACGAAGAUAUACUUUGA